CAGAGCCGGUUGUGUGCGCUGUAUCGGAGAUUUGUUUUUUUAGUUUUCGUGCGUAUUCAACCACUUGUUUCUUUACCGAUCGGUGACUGCAAGUGUUUUACGUUUUGAUAAAUAAUCUGAAACUUGUAUUUUACAUUUAGAACUAUAGUUUAGGAUAGUUCAUUAACAGAUUGAUAUAGAAUCGGGUGAAAUUUAUGCCAAGUGAAGUCCAGAUGUUAGAGCGAGCGACAAUAACCUCGUUUUAUGUCAACAAAUAAUAAUAAACAGUGAUUGGGACAAGUUAUAGUUGCCGAUCCGGACAAAAGUGAUGAAUUAAACAAUACUCAGAACUGGAUGUAUUGCUUGAGAAUGGCUUCGUGUGCCUUCGGAACGUGAAUAUCGUGGAGGCUUCACCCACAUAACGUUUAUGCUUCAAGUAAUUCAAGAUGGGACCCCUUAUAUACAAGGUAACGGCUCUGGUACUCCUCGGAUCGGUGUGUAAAGGAGAUUUGCCAGAAGAUGACUUCAGGAUAAUCAAUAGACAAGAUUUGCUGGCGUUCGAUUCUGAUAUAUUCGAAGAUAACAACACUAAAUCAUUUUCGCAACUGCUUUUCGAUGUUGCAAGGGACCAGCUGAUCGUGGGCGCAAGGGAUGCCCUCUAUCGAUUAUCGUUACGAGGUUUACGUGAACUGGAGCGUGCUGAUUGGCCAGCUCCUGUCGAGAAGACGAGACUCUGUCAAAUGAAGGGUCAAACGGAAGACGAUUGCCACAAUUACAUUAAAGUUCUGCUGUCGUACGGACACAAGUUGUUUGCGUGUGGGACAAAUGCGUUCAGCCCUAGUUGCAGUUGGCGUGAGAUUGAGUCUUUGAAUACGAUAUCGGAGCAAACGUCAGGGGUGGCCCAUUGUCCUUAUAAUCCUCAUUCAAAUGUGACCGCAAUACUUGCUGCAAACGGAGAAUAUUAUGCCGGCACACCAACUGACUUCAGCAGUUCCGAUCCGGCUAUUUGCAGGAGUCGCGGUGCCUCUCCUACGAAUUCGGUGACACUUCGCACGACGCAGUAUGAUUACAACUGGCUGAACGAACCCCAGUUCGUCGGGAGCUUCGAAGAUGAUAAUUUCGUGUACUUUGUAUACAGGGAGGUGGCCGUUGAAUAUAUGAAUUGUGGGAAGAUUAUAUACUCCCGUAUUGCUCGCAUCUGCAAGAACGAUGCUGGCGGCUUUCUGAUGAUGAAAGACAAAUGGAGUACAUUUCUGAGGGCUCGUCUGAAGUGUCCGGUGUCCGGUGAAGUGCCCUUCUACUACGAUGAAGUUCAGAGCGUUGAAUACCUGGCCCAGGAAAAGAUCCUUGUGGCAACUUUCACUACUCCUAGCAACAGCAUAAUAGGUAGCGCCGUCUGUGUGUACAACAUGUCUGAUGUUCACGCAGCUUUCGACGGUCCUUACAAAGUGCAGGCCACGUCGACUUCGCUAUGGGAGCAACGGUCACCGUCGAAGCAGGCAAAGGACCACUUCAAAUGUGUGCCUGAUUCUAGUGCUCGCCAAGCAAUAGAAUACCAUCGUUACAAUUUAAUGUACGAAUCAGUACUGCCUGUAUCCGGCGAGCCCAUCUACAGAAUGACUUCGGAACGAUUCACUCACGUCACAGUCGACGUGACAGCCGCCAAGAACGUUGAACGGCAAUUAGUAGUUUUUGUGGCAACACUGAGCGGUUUCGUGCUGAAGUUGGCGGUGUUGCCGAGGCUGGAUGGCUCGUGUUUGGUAGAAAAAUGGAAUUUGAAGGACGAAAAAGGAGGUUUUGAUGUUAAGACCAUGCAGUUCGUUAAGGACACGAUGUCAGUAUACAUCGGAAGCGACACGGGCGUGGUGCGUAUCAGCAGCGAGCGUUGUGCCCGGUACAAGAGUCGAUCCGGCUGUAUAUCUGCAACUGACCCGCAUUGCGGCUGGGACGAUGCCAGGGAGCGUUGCGUUCGGGCCGUUGACCAUUUACACGACCAUAGCUUCGUGCAAUCGACCGCUACUUGUCCCACAUCUAAUUCACCAGUGGACGGUGGCUGGUCGUCGUGGUCCGAAUGGGAGCAGUGCAUGCAAGACGGAACCACGCACGCGCUUUACGAGGACGAGAAGCCGGAUAUGUGCAUGUGCAGGACAAGGCGGUGCAACAACCCGAAGCCAGCACACGGCGGCCAGGAUUGUAAAGGAGCCAGCAUAUCUGUGACGAACUGCACGGUGCACGGCGGCUGGUCGGGCUGGUCCUCGUGGUCCGAGUGCUCGGCGUCGUGCGGCAUAGCGGUCAAGUCGCGGCGGCGCACGUGUUCCUCCCCGGAGCCCAAGUUUGGCGGCCGCGUGUGCGUCGGACUCGAUGUCGAUGAUAUAUUCUGUUCGAAUCUGCCUCCUUGUCCAGAUCCAAAUCUAGUUCCGGUCGAUGGGGGCUGGUCAGCUUGGAGCCAAUGGUCGCAGUGUACCAGUGCUGGGGGUCCCGGCUGCGGUCCGGCGGCCGGUUGGCGAGAACGGAAGCGAACGUGCACCAACCCCACGCCUAAACAUGGCGGCAUCGACUGCGAAGGUUUCAAGGUCGAGAAGCAGGUCUGCGAUAUGAAACCUUGCGAGGUCAGGAAGGCUACAGCUUGGACCCCUUGGGUGCAGAUACCCGGUAAUUUAUCAGACGGCAGUUAUACAGAGAAACGAUUCAAAUUUUUGUGUAAGGCACCGUCACCCGACCAAAUAAAACUGUCGAUAGCUCGUGAAGAAGAAAGGUAUUGCAAUGCUCGCGGUAUAUGCAGUAGCAAUCCUCCAGAAGAAGAAUCAGGGUGGGAAGAGUGGGGUCCCUGGGAAGCUUGUUCGGCGAACUGUGGUGGUGGACAACAGGCCCGGACUAGGAAAUGUCGACGGCCGCCCUGCGUCGGUUCUGCUGAAAUGUUAAGGGCUUGCAAUACUCACGCUUGCUCAGGCGAAUGGUCUUGUUGGAGUGAAUGGAGCGAUUGCAGCGGGAAAUGUUCAGACAGCGCUCCCGGACAUCGAACCCGGACCCGGAUGUGUCUCUCGCCGGACGGCUGUGCCGACGCCGGAGCCGCACUCGAACGACGGCUAUGCGUCUCCAACUGUGCUGACACGGAGGCGGGGUGGGGCGAGUGGGGGGCGUGGGGCGGGUGCGCGGGGGGAGAGCGCGUGCGGCGGCGGGAGUGUGCGCGGGGGGCGUGCGCCGGACCGCAGCUACAGGCCGCGCGCUGUACCGACGACAACGACGACAUGGAUAACGAAUUGUACGCGAUGCCGGCGUAUAGCCAGUUCGAUGAGGUGGCUUCGUUCGUAUCAAUGCCAAACGAGACCCUCAGCGUCGGGAGCAUCGUCGGCUGUGUUAUCGCUGCCUUUGUGAUGGGCUGUCUACUCUGCUUGUCCCUUGUCAUAUUCUGUCAGCGCCGCGGCACGAGGAUGCCAUGGAAGAAACAGCAUAGGGUCCCGUCAAGUCCUCACUACAUCACAGCUAAACAAAACAGCUAUGUGACCGUGCCUUUAAAGGAAGUGCCUCGUAAAGCAAAACGCCAGCCAUCUUUUACUGGUAUCGGAGGAGGCAGUGGGAUUGUACUAUCAAAGAGCAACAACAUAUCGAAUGCUAAUAACCACAAUAAUUCAGUUGCGACGCCCAAGCUUUACCCUAAGGCUAUAGCAAAUGAAUACGACUCCAUGGGAACGAUAAGGAGGCACUCAAAUCAACCGAACAACAAAAAUAAUUUGGAUGUCGAAGAGGAUAGAUUUUAUUAAAAAUGUGUUUUGUAUGUGUGAAAUCAAGUACCCUCAUUCAAGAAAUUUGUGUUAUAAUAAAUAUUCCGCUAUAGUGAUAGUGAAUAUUGUCGUGAAGACAGCACAGAUCAUUUAAAUGUGUUAAAAGGGUUUACUAUAGUUUAAUUGGAUCAAAUAUGACAACUUUUUGACAUUUUGAUUGUUUUGACAUUGACAAGUUCAAGCAGUGCAUGAACAUUUUAAAAUGAGAAAGAAAUGUGUGUCAAUUAUCUUUCAAUUGACCAAAUCAUAAAUUAAUUUGAAUUCUAUUUUAGAUUUGAUAUGGCGCUGGUAGAAUGUAUGAAAUUGUAUGGAUUCGGUGAAAUAUAUUUAUUAAUUGCUGUUUUAUGUGGACGGAAUAUAUGUGAAGUAAGCGUGCAAUUUGUAGUGAAUGUUUUAAUCUAGUUUAUGUUUUAAGGGACGGGGAUUCAAUACAACAAGAAUACAUACAUAGAAUAAUAUUUUUUUAUGAAAUAAGAGAUAUGAUAAUCAAAAUAAUUGCGAUCUCUUAAACUAUUCCUAUUAUGUGGGAAUUCUUUUUAAGCGUUAUGUUGGAUGCAAUGAGUAAAUAUAAAUCGGGGUGACCAACUCAUACUUUGACAAAGAAACAUGAUAGUGAAAUCGCCAUUAUAAUCUUGUCGACAAGAACUAAUUUAUGUAUUAAAAAAACAAAUGACACGUGAUUAUGAAAUAAUUAAGAAUUUGUGAUCUUUAUGCAGUGAAUUUGUAAAUAUGUUAUAUCGUAAUAAAGAAAUCGUUUAAACACGAAGUUAAGUGCCAUUAAUUUAUGUAAAGAAUAACUAUUUUAAGAGAAUAUUUUUUUAUUAAAAUUUAGAUUUAUGUAUUUUAAAGUUAAUACGUCAAAGCUACAUGUGCCAUGUGAAUAAAUGAAUUACGUAUUAUUUAAUGUUGUAUAUUAGAUUAAUUUACGAGAAUUCUAUAAUAUGACUUUGUUGAUUUAAAAAACUUUCAUAAUUUAGGACACAUCAUGAGAUGCAAAAGGUCAGAUAUAUCUUUUUGUAUUGACGGCUGAUGAUUUGGGAUCGCCUGGCUAUUUCGUUGGGGGGGUUCCCGAUAUUUUUAAAUUUUGGAUCAAUUAGUCGCUAACGUUACUAUAAUAUAGUAACACCAAAUCCAGUUUUAAACUCGAAACCUUAUGCAUCUGUUUUCGAUAAUUAUGUUAUGUGUGGUUUGAGAAAUGUUUGUGAUUAAGUGACAUUUAAAAUAGACCUCAUUCUAGUUCGUGAAUGUAAAAAAAUUCUUAUUGACAUCGACAGUGUGACUGACAGCUUUCAAAGCGGUCAAAUUUUUGUUUAAAUUUAUAUACACACAUAAUAAACACUUAAUUAUAUAGUGUAAAUCAAGUGCCUUUAUAUGAAAUCAAUAAACAAUCUUUCUAUUAUAAAUAUAUUAUUAUGUUUAUUAUAAUACUAUAUUUUUUCACGUUUGAAUACGAUUUCAACUUAGAGUUGGCUCAUGUUGACACUUAAGUCAAAUAUGAAAGCUGCGAAAUUUUAUGAAAUUUAUAUUUAAAUUUCUUAGGAAAUAGGUCAGCCGUAAUGUUUACGUUCAGGGUGUGGAAAUUGUGUUCGGAAAGAAAUGAAUGUUGAAAUAGAUUGUUAAAUUUAAUAACUCUUCUUAGUUUUUGUGACUCUGAUGAAUUUCGUUUGGCCACUGAACAUAAAUGACCAGUGGAAUAAAUUGUGAUCGAAAUGUUUAUGAUGACCUCCGUUCUAUUAAUUGUCGCAAUUAUAAUUGUACUAGCGACCCGCCCUCGCUUCGCUUCGGAAACUGUAAUUUAUUAUUGAUUUCUUCACUAUUUAAUGGAUGUUAUUAUAGAUAUAAA